UGUGAAAGGAAAAAGAGCCACAAAUUGUGUGGAUAAGUGAGUGAAUAAAGAUGGGCAUCUUUUUCCAAGUCUUUUUAGCACCUCCCUCUCUCUUCACUUGUUUGUUUUUCUUUAUCUUAGUGAGGGAGAGAGAGUUGCAGACAGCCAUGGAUAUUGUGUCCGAUCACAUAUUAUUAGACUGAAGAAGAAAUCACACACACAAUUUCACAAAACAUGCACCACAGUCUAUAUCUAUGCCCACUACUCUCUUCAUACAUAAAUUCAAAUUACUUGAAUUAAAUCCUGGGCUCUUCCGAUCACUGAUAUUACUAGGUUAUAGUCAACCACAACAGUUUUCAUCACUCAUCUCUUUUACAGCGUGUUUUCAUAAAAUAUAAGCUCCGAUCAUCAUCAUCAUCGAUGGCGACUUACUACCACGGCAAUUCUGAAAUCCAAGCCGGCGGCGGAGGCGACGGUCUACAGACGCUGAUUCUCAUGAAUCCCGCCUACGUCGGAUACUCCGACAACCCCCAACCCAGCAGCAACUUCGUAUUCCUCAAUUCCAACCCUUCCUCCCUCCACCACGCGCCGCCGCCGCCGCAGCAACAUUUUGUCGGCGUCCCCCUCAACACCACCACCACCGUCGCUGCCACCACCUCCGCCCCCGCUCAGGACCACUUCCUCCCCCGCGUCCCCUACAACCUCUACAACCUCCCCAUGGAGGCGCGUGACGUCACACGCGCCGCCCCUCAGGGUCUCUCCCUGAGCCUCUCCUCCCAGCAGCCCCAGUACGCGUCCUUCACCUCCAGGGAGGUCCCGAGCCAGCCCCUAGUCACCGCCGUGUCCUCGCCGCCGCGCUGCGACGACGUGAGGGUGUCCGGCGGGUCGCCGUCGUCGGCGUCGGGGGUUUCCAACGGCGUGCAGAGCGUUUUACUCAGCUCUAAGUAUCUCAAGGCCGCGCAGGAGAUUCUCGAUGAAGUGGUUAACGUCGGUAAGGGAGGCAAGGCCGCCGCCGCGGAAUCGUCCAAGCCGGCGAAGAGCAGCGGUGAUUCAGCGGCCGCGAGCGGAGACGGACAGAGCGGAGGAGAUAGCUCCGCGAAACGUGGUGCGGAGCUGAGCACAGCGGAGAGACAAGAAAUUCAGAUGAAAAAGGCGAAGCUGGUUAACAUGCUCGAUGAGGUGGAGCAGAGGUACCGACAGUACCACCAGCAGAUGCAGAUGGUGAUCUCGUGGUUCGAGCAGGCGGCCGGAAUGGGGUCGGCGAAGACAUACACAGCUCUGGCGCUGGAGACCAUAUCGAAGCAGUUCCGGUGCUUGAAAGAUGCGAUUCUAGGACAGAUUCGAGGGGCGAGUAAGAGCUUAGGCGAAGAAGAGAGUUUGGAAGGGAAGAUGGAAGGUUCUAGACUCAAAUACGUGGACAACCAAAUCAGGCAACAGAGAGCCUUGCAGCAAUUGGGAAUGAUCCAGCACAAUGCUUGGAGACCCCAGCGAGGCUUGCCCGAGCGAUCUGUUUCCGUCCUCCGCGCCUGGCUCUUCGAGCACUUCCUCCACCCCUAUCCAAAGGACUCGGAUAAGCUCAUGCUUGCCAAACAGACCGGCCUCACCCGAAGCCAGGUGUCAAAUUGGUUCAUCAACGCCCGAGUCAGGCUAUGGAAGCCUAUGGUAGAGGAAAUGUACAUGGAGGAAAUCAAGGAGCAGGACAAGGCGAACGGAACCUCCGAGGACAAGGCCGACCAAGAAAAAUCCCAACAGCACAACAAUAACAUCUCCACGUCUCCGACCGCCACAGCCAUGGUGGCCGGGGGAUUCAACCUCUCCGAAAUCGACUCCAUCACUCAAGGAGCCAGCCCCAAGAAGCAAAGAAUGGCCGACACCGACACAAAGCCCCCUCCCGACGUGGACAGCGACGCCAUGACCAUCAAAUUCGGGGACAGGCAGGGCAGAGACGGGACGGGGUUCACCCUGAUGGGCGCCCCCACCAACUUCAUAGGCGGGUUCGGGUCGUACCCGAUGGGAGAGCUGGGGAGGUUCGGAGCGGAGCAGUUCCAAACGACGCCGUAUUCAGGGAACGGAGUGUCGCUGACGCUGGGGCUGCCGCACUGCGACAACAUAUCGAUGUCCGGGGCGCACCAGAGCUUCCUGCCUAAUAAUCAGUCGAUGCAGUUAGGCAGAGGAGUGGAGAUGGGAGAGGCCAAUGAUUUCGUGGGGAUGAACGCGGCGGCAGCGGCGGCCAAUGGGAAUGUGUACGACAACAUCAACAUACAGAACCGGAAGCGGUUCGCGGCGCAGCUGCUGCCGGACUUUGUGGCUUGAAUUUGAAAUUCAUACAUACGCAAUUUCCCUAAAAGGUAAAAGGUUUAGGUUGAUCUACACCAUUGUUAUUGCUAGUGUAGACAAUGAAACAAAGGUUUUAGAUAGUACUCCAUAUUUUAUACUAAUAUAGUUUUAUCUAUCUACUUAUAAUAUAUAUGUAUGUAUACAUUUUCAAGAACAGCGUUAGGAUCUUAGAGAGAUCAUGUGGUUGGUUGGGGAUUGUAUAUUAAUUUUGUUUCCUGCAGAUAAAUAGAUGAUGAUUGUGAUAAUGUAAUGUGGAGAAACUUGUUUAUUUUGGAUGGUAUACAAACAAUAAAGAGUGGUUUCACAUUUUUCCUGA